UUUUUUUUUGGUUUCUUUCCCCUCAUAUAGGCAUAAUAAUACAAUGGAUAAUACAAAUAAAGAAACAUCUUCAUUAAUGACUAAAACUGAUGAAAAGAAAUUUAAUUCCGAAGAAGUAACUACUCUCAUUAAAGAAGCUAUUGGAGAGAUAGUAGCUGAUUCAGAAUAUUCUUAUUCAAAAGUUUCUCAUUGGAAUUCAACCAUUAUUAAAACAUGUUUGAACAAAUUGAAGAGUAUGAAUAAUAACUACAAAUAUAUCAUUACUUGCGUUAUUUUGCAAAAUAAAGGUGCUGGUUUUUAUGCUAGUAGUUCAGCCUAUUGGGAUAAUCAAAAUGAUGGUAGUGCGAGUUAUUGUUAUGAAUCAAAAUCCUUACACGUUAUAGUAAAUGUAUUCGCUUUAAAAAUUUAAUUUAAGCCUGUUUUUUUCCUUAAGGAAAAUCAACUAAUACCAUCUAUUUUUUAUAAUAAAACGACUAGUAAAAAAAAAAA